GCGCGUUCGCCCAGUCACUCCGAGACGCCCGAGCGAGUAAUGCGCCUCGCCGCACUCGCCUCGAUCUGCGCUGUCGUACGCUGAGCCAAGUGUGACGAGUGUGGUGGCUACGGUCCCCGCGUCGCUUCGCCGCACACACCAGGCCGAGAGCAGUCAGCCAGCCACUCGAGAGGACAAACGCCGUCCGCUUGCAGAUCCGACCGGCGGGUUUCUCGAGCAGUGCGACCCACGAUGCCGUUCUGCUGAGUGCCAGUAGCAGUAGCGCCCGCAGCAGCAGCAGCAGCAGCAGCAGCAGCAGCAGCAGCGCCCACAGCAAUAGCAGCAGCGCAAAAGUCAAGAUGACGUUCGCCGCAGUGGCCGCGACGAUGGCGAUGCUCGCCCUUGCGAGCAGUGGCACGGCGCAGAUCUACACGGGAGCAGCAGCGGAGCAGCCGGUGAGCCUGGUGCCGGAGCAGCCGGCCGUCGCCGAGGCACCGCUGCAGGCCGACAGCGACAUCGUCACGCAGACCGUCUACGGCUUCCUCGACUUCACCACCACCAUCGGCAACACCGUCAUGGUCUUCAGUCCGCAGUCCGCUCCCGCCGAGGGAGGCGGCGAGCAGCCGGGCGGCGGACCGGCGUCGCCACCGUCGGCCAUCGAGACGAGGCCCGCGGCGGCGGCGGCGGAGGAGGCCGCGAGGCCCGACAUCAAGCCGAGCAAGACGCGCAAGAGCGCGGAGACCAGCAAGGACGGCGAGCCCGCGGUCGGCGACUCGGCGGCGCGCCCGGAGCUGGCCACCAGGACGCCGGCCCAGUCCACGCUGGUGGAGGUGCGCGCCAAGGCGGACGACGUGCCCGGCGUGAAGAACAACCUGGCCGAGCCGGAGUACGACUUUCUGUCGAAGCAGCCGGCCGAAGUGGUGGACGAGUCCUACAAGCUGAUCAACCUGCGGCCGUCGGCCAAGUCGCUUGGCAGCAAGCCGCGAGCGUCGGCCAGGUCCAACAAGGAGAACCCCACGGGCCUGGUGACCAAGCUGGGCGGCACGAUUGUCAAGGACGGACUGACGACGGUGCACGAGACCUCGGUGAUCGGCACCUACAUCAACGGCAAGUACGCCCAGGUGCUGCAGAGCUCGUCGCGCGUGCUCGCCCCGGCCAACGCCAACAGCCUCCUCGAAAACGCCAACAAGAUCCGGCCGAGCAGCAGCCAGCGCAUCCUCAAGACCAUCGGACCCCAUCAGAAGAUCAAGCAGCAGCAGCAGCAGCAGCUGGAGCCCGCGCUGCCGGUCGACGACGAGCCGCCCAGCCACGCGGAACAGCCGGGGCGACCAGGUCGGCGACACCCCAACAGCCCGGCGAGGCCCAAGUUCCGCAGCAACAAGAUCGCAGCCGGCGAGGAGUCCGAGCCGAGCAACGAGCCCGCUGCACGCAAGAAUCGGCCGGCCGGAUCGCGGCCCGGCUACAAGAACCGCUCGCAGCCGGCAGCCACGACGAGCACGGAAUCGCCAAGCGGCGGCCGGCGUCGCAGCGGCUUCCGGCCGUCCGGCGGUAACGGCGGCGGCGGCGGCGGCGGCGGCGGCGGCGGCGCCGCGACCAAGCACCUCAAGGCCGCCAAGAGCGAGUCGUCGGCGCCGCCGUUCGUCUCCAACCCGGCCAUCAAGUCCAAGCUGCCGCGCACGCAGGGCCGCUGGUCGUACAAGACCACGCCCAAGCCGCGCAUCGUCAUCCGCAAACAGGCCGGCGACGAGGAGGCGCGGCCGGCGGCCGGCCAGCAGGCGCCGCCGCCGCCGCCGGCGCAGCAGCAGCCGCAGCCGGCCCCGGGCGCCGAGGCCGGGCCGGGCGGCGCGGCCGCCACCGAGGAGGCGCCGCCGUUGCCGCCGGGCGCCCAGCGCAAGGAGGGCGUCGAGUACGACGGCGAGCUGGACGGCAGCGAGAGCGAGGACGCGGCCAUCGUGAACGUGAGCGUGCAGCAGAGCGAGGCCCCGCACGCCGACAAGCCCCUGCCCGUGGAGACCGUCAACGUGGAGAUCUCCACGGCCGCGGACCUGCCCGACGUCUACUUCGAGAUCGCCACCGUCAAGUCGCCCUACGCCUUCCAGGUGGGCACGAGCCGCAACACGCGCUACGUGACGGUCACGUCGACGCUGAGGAGGUCGUUCGCGAGCGCGGAGCCGUCGGGCCCGGCGGCGCCGAGCGAGCCGCUGACGGAGAACAUACUGGCGCCCAACACGGGCGCCGCCUACGAGAGCAGCCUGCCGCUGGACUCGUCCGUGGCCACGCUGCCGCCCAUCACGCUCGAGCCGAGCAUGGCCACGCCGCCGCUGGAGAUCCUCACCGAGACCUUCUCCACCACGCAGACCCUGCUCAAGACCCACCUGCUGCCCGUGGUCGCGGCCAACGGCAGCACCAGCACGCGGCUCACCCUCGUGCAGACCUACAACAUCGCGCGCAUCGUCACCGCCACCAAGACCCUGCCGCCCUCCGAGCUCUACCAGUUCGUGCCCAGCAAGACCCUCAACGAGUUCAACUCGCGGCUGGACGAGGCCGGCAGCGAGCUGCACCUCGAGCUGGACUUCGGCGACGAGGAGCGCGGCGACGACGAGGACGCGCCCAAGCGCGUGCUGGCGCCCGGCGCCGAGGCCGAGGCCGAGCUGGACCUGCUGGGCAGGGGGCCGCGGCCGGCCGGCCAGCCGGAGCGCGGCGUCGCGGCGCCCAGGCAGCCCGAGCAGGCGGCGGCGGCGGCGGCGGCGGCGAGCGCCGAGCAGGCGCAGCAGCUGGCGCUGCUGAAGCUGCUGCAGGGCCAGGCGGCGGGGCCGCAGGUGAUCACCACCUCGCGGCCCGUGGUCAGCCUACAGACGCUCUACGACUCGCACGUGAUCCCGCUGAUCAGCAACGGGCAGACAGUGCUGUCGACCAUCAGCCGGGCCGUGGGCACGGUGCCGCGCACCAGCUACGAGUACGGCGCGUCCACGCUGCUGGCGGCGCCGCCCGUGCCGCAGCUGCCGCUGUUCCCGCAGCCGGUGGCGCAGCCGCAGCUGGCCGUCACCAGCCUGCCGCUCGUGCAGCAGACCCUGGCCACCGUGUCCGACUCCAAGGUGCUCAAGCUCACCUUCGGCGCCAAGACCGCCUACACCACGCUCUACUCCACGCGCCUGGUGCCCACCGAGACCACCACCUACGUCACCUCCACCAUCGCCCUGCCGCCCAACGUGCCGCCCUACCCGGGCUACUUCCCGCCGGCCGUCGGCUACCCCGGCUACCCCUUCGUCGGCUAGGCCGCCCGCCGCUCGGCCGUUCUUGACACCUACCUCGGCGCAGGCCCCCCUACUUUCCCUUCGUAGCCGGCAACGACCCUAACGUGCGCACCACGGCAACUUGUCGUUUCGUCCAAAUUUUCACCAGUCUAGAUUCGCGUUCAGCCAACACAACCAUUUAAAUUAUUGUCUAUUUAUAAAGCAUAUUACAUAUACAUAUACGUAUACAUAAAUAUAUAUAUAUAUAUAUAUAUAUAUAUAUCGAUCGAAGCAAACUUAUAGUUGUGUUUAGCUUUGCGAGCGAUGUGUAGAGCGCUCGAGCAAGGAAAAAGCUCCGAUUUGCAUUCGUGACGAGUGCGUACCGCGCGCACUCUCUCUCUCUCUCUCUCUCUCACUCUCACUCUCUCUUUCUCUUUCUCUCAAAACGAUCUGUUAAUGACGCGACAUUUCGCAAGCUAGUACGCGCCUUUUCUAAAGCGACCCACAUACGCAGCUCGAAAAAAGGAAGGAAGGCGAUUGCGGCACGCGCGUACAAGAACAAUCGCCAGUACCUACUUGAGAUUCUCCUCUUUUAUUUUCUCUCUCGUCCGUGAACUCUCGGGAACGGUAAAUUAUGUGAAAAAAAAAAAAAAAAAAAAAACCACAGAAAACCAUUGGUCGAGGUGCUCUCGCGCGACCACAUUCGAGGAUGCGCGUUGCUAAGAAAUUGUGCGUCCGUCCUUUCUGGUAUUGUGUAUCAUUGCGCAGCGCGCGUCCUAUGUACCAUUGUGUAUCAGUGAUUUUUGUAAA